UUUGUUCCACCAGAGCAUCUCUCUCCUUCGGCUCUCCCUCUCUCUCUACACCGCCCACUCCACUCACCGCCGCCUCGCCGGCUUCUUCGCCUCAUUACAUCGCCCGCUGCCCUUUUCUGCAUUUUUUUUUAAAGGUAGAAGACACCGCGCAUUUUGGGAGCACAAAAAUAUAAUCUAAAUAUCACCAUGGCGAGCACCGAAGAUAAACCGGCCAACAAGGAGAACACGUCAAGCUGGAAGGACUCCUUCUACAACCCGAGGACCGGGGAGCUGCUGGGUCGCACGGCCAGCAGCUGGGCCCUCAUCCUGCUGUUCUACCUGGUUUUCUACUGUUUCUUGGCCGGUAUGUUCGCCCUGACCAUGUGGGUGAUGCUGCUUACUCUGGACGACUAUGUGCCGAAGUACCGGGACCGCGUUCCCUACCCAGGGUUGGUGAUUCGUCCGAAUUCAUUGGAGAUAGCGUUCAACAAAUCUGACCACAGCAAGUACGACCAGUACGUCAAACACCUGGAGUCCUUCCUGCAAAGAUAUAAUGAUACAGAGCAGGAGAAGAACGAGGACUGCCCCAAAGGAGAGUACUUCCUGCAGGACGACACCGAGGUCAUGACGAAGAAAGCUUGCCGCUUCAAGAGGGGCGUUCUGAGUUUGUGCUCCGGCCUCUCUGACAGCAACUUUGGAUAUGCUGAGGGAAAACCCUGCGUGCUGCUGAAAAUGAACAGGAUCAUUGGCCUGAAGCCUCGUGGGGAUCCCUACAUCAACUGCACAGUAAAAAGAGAAAGCGCAGUUCAAAUGCAGUAUUUCCCCAGUGAGGGGCGCAUUGAUAAGAUGUAUUUCCCCUACUACGGCAAGAAAGCCCAUGAGACUUAUGUGCAGCCCCUCGUGGCUGUGAAGCUGCUGCUCACCAAGGAGGACUACAACAAGGAGCUGCAGGUGGAGUGCAGAGUAGACGGCUCCGACCUCCGCAACAAUGACGAAAGGGAUAAGUUCCUGGGCCGCAUUACCUUCAAGAUCAAGGUGGUCGAGUAAAGGAGAAGACGGUCGGUAAAAAGGAAACCAGAUGCAGAGGCUGCCAACAUUUGCUAAGGAUUUAUGUUUCAAUUUUUUUUUUUUUUUUAAUUUUUUAAAAAGGAAGGAAGGAAGUGUCAAAUACGUCACAAAGACAGGAUUUUGGGGAUGUGGCCAAAUAGUUUGAUGCAGAUAUGAAAGCCAGUCACAGAUAUUGAAUGUUUUGCUUUGCUGACACUAUUGACCCUUCUUUCCUUCAUGAUCUCCUCAAAGAUCAAAGACACAGGCUCUGCUCCUGACCCCGUCCAUCCUUUCAUUCACCUGUUGCACUGCUCAUCCUUCACUCAGUUGUUUAUGAUUUUUAUUUUUUUAGUUUCGAUGUGAUUAGAUAACUUAUAGCCAUUGCAACCAAGCCAUGUGGAGCUGUUGUGUAAUUGCUGACUUUUUUUUUAAAAGAUGUUUUUUAGAUCUUUCUGCUGUCAGGAAGAGAGUGUUGUUCUCAUCUCUCCAAACUGUAUGAACGACUGUAUUAUCGCUGGUAACGAGAGAAUUUUUAUCUUGCUGUGUAGUAUAUCUGAGAAAGUAGAACAUUGCCAGACACAUCCAGAGUAUUUCACAUUAUCACAUCACAAAGACUUCAUAGGAACGUACCUUGAUAAUCAAGUAUAGCCACUGUAUCCCUGUAUAUGAAAUGCCAAUUCCCUUUCUACAUAUAAAUACAUUGUGAACCUUACCAUAUUUAGGGAAUUAUAGAUAGAUCUUUGUGUUGUGGUCCGCGUAGCCACAACAGAGUCUUGUGCCGUCUGUCCGUCUGUCUGCAUGUAUGUCUGUCUGUCCAUCUUCCUGUUUACCCACCUCUCCACUGCAAUAGCCAACAAGUGGGUGAGCUGUCCAGGACUUAGAUAAGUUGUCUCGAUCCACCUCGCGGGGGUGCUGCGUAGUGAUGGUGGCUGAGACGACACACACACAGGAAGGUACAGUGUAAAAAAAAAAUUAGAUUUAAAGGCGGAGAGGCGCUGGGAAAGCGUCUGAAAAAUAAAAAGUCCACUGUAACUAUGUACUGUAUAUCUCUACGUGAUCUGUAUAUCUAUCUGGGUCUCAAAGAUUGUUUGUUAGUUUUCUCUCUUCUUCAGCCUGUCUGAUCUGAUUGUCUGCCAAUCUAUUACUCUUCAAUGUAUAUAUAUAUACACUAUCUACCAUAUUUACUUAAUUCACACUGUAUUUUUGUCACACAACACAAUGUCUGUGCACUGUAAAGAAAUAAUUUAAGCAAAGAUUUACAGGAAAUUAUCUUAUUCAAAGCUAUGUUUACACAGUCUUAAAAGGAACCCACAUUUGAAAGACCAACUUGUAACAUCUCUUCAGGGUGCCUUAAGACCUGAUGAAAUAAAUUGUGGAA